AUGCGGUUGAAAAAAGCUUUGCUGGUACUCAAAAGAAUCCCGCAACCGGAAUUUCCGGAAGAAUUGUGUUCAAAAAUCGAAUCUCUUCUCAAGACGUUGGACGAGGUAAAAGAGAUGAAAGAUGUAAUGAUGAAGAAUAUUGGGGAAGAGUUCAACAUCAGUAAUGUUCCCUUGCCGGAUUACGAUCCAGUGGAUAUGAGUUUACUGCUUGGUGCUGAGUUCAAGUAUGAUGAGUCCGAAAGUGCUUUUUCGAAAUUCAAACGUGAGGUACGUGAGGAGGUGGCAGCUUGCGUUCAGAGAGGCGAAGUUUUGUUGCAGGAAAGUGAGGUCGCAAUGCGUGACUUCAAGGAUCGAGGUAUUUUCCUGCAUUUUUUCUCUGCUUUUUCUGGGAGCAAAUAA